CUUCAGUGGAGCGAGUUAUAUGAAAUCAAACGUCGUGAGAACAAUGUUACUUCCCCGAGGAAGUGCAAUUUUGUUAACUGCCUUGGCGGUAUUACUUGUCUUCAAUGGUGCACACGCGGAUUCCAGUCACAGUAGAGUAAGAUGCAAAAAUCCGUCUGUUACGACGGCCAGUGGGUCGGUAGUUAGUCGGAAGUUUUUCUGUUCGGGAGAACUGAUUUUCGAAGAUAAUUUUGAUAAGCUGGAUUUGGAAAAAUGGGAACAUGAGCAUACCGUCGGUGGUGGUGGCAACUGGGAGUUCCAGUACUACCUGAACAACCGUCGGAAUUCCUAUGUGGAAAAUGGAACAUUGUACAUUCGUCCCACAUUGCUGUCGGAUGAAACCGGAGAGGAAUUCCUUAACAGUGGAACUUUGAAUUUGCACGGCGGAUCGCCUUAUGAUUUCUGCACAAAUCCAGCUUGGGAUGGUUGUGAGCGCACGGGAACUCCGGACAAUCCCUUGAAUCCAAUCAAAAGUGCUCGUCUUCGCACACUGCGAUCAUUCAAUUUCAAGUAUGGCAAACUGGAGGUUCGGGCGAAACUUCCUACUGGCGAUUGGUUAUGGCCUGCACUUUGGUUGAUGCCGAAGCUAAACCAGUAUGGAACAUGGCCAUCCUCUGGAGAAAUCGAUCUCAUGGAAGGUCGUGGCAAUCUUGACUAUCGCGGUGCGGACGGCACGCAUAUUGGUGUUGAGCAAGUAGGAUCAACUAUGCACUUUGGACCGAACCCGUCCUUGAAUGGAUUUGAAACCACUAGUGCAGCGAGAAACACUGCUCCCGAUCAAGGCUUCAACAAGGACUUUCACCGGUACCAGCUUGAAUGGACUCCUGAAUACAUGAAAUUCAGUAUUGAUGACGAGCAGCUGCUUAUGGCUGACGGUAAUUUCUGGCAACGAGGUAACUUUGACGAACGGGCACCGGGAACACCAAAUCCGUGGAUGAGUGGAGGAAAGAUGGCACCGUUUGAUGAAGAGUUUCAUGUUAUCAUGAAUCUGGCCGUUGGUGGUACUAAUGGAUAUUUCCCAGAUGCCCCAGCUACAAAUAAUGGCAAACCCAAACCAUGGAUCAAUAAUUCCCCAACCGGUAGAGGAGAUUUCUGGUCUUCCAGAGAAGAUUGGUUGCCUACCUGGGAACUGGAUGAAAACGACAGCAAAGAAGCGUCCUUACAAGUGGAUUACGUAAGAGUGUGGGCUUUGUAAAUCCGUCAAUAAAUAUGAAUUUUGUAGAUGAGCAG